AUGUCGUCCGACUUGGACAAACAGAUCGCUCAGCUAAAACGAUGCGAGAUCAUCCCCGAAGCAGCCGUCAAGGAUUUGUGUAUGAAAGCGAAAGAGAUCCUCAUGGAGGAGGGCAAUGUGCAGUAUGUCGACUCUCCAGUCACAGUAUGCGGCGAUAUACACGGACAAUUCUUCGAUCUCAUGGAGCUCUUCCGCAUCGGAGGGUUCUGUCCCGAAACAAAUUACAUCUUCAUGGGCGACUUUGUAGACCGAGGCUUCUACUCAGCCGAAACAUUUCUCUUACUACUAGCGUACAAGGUGCGAUAUCCAGAUCGGAUCACACUGAUUCGUGGGAACCACGAGUCGCGCCAAAUUACCCAAGUUUACGGAUUUUAUGAUGAAUGUCAGCGGAAGUACGGCUCCAGUAAUGUCUGGCGAUACUGUUGUGACGUCUUCGAUUAUCUUUCCCUGGGAGCCGUAGUAGAUGGCCGAGUGUUCUGCGUGCAUGGAGGCUUGAGCCCCGAUGUCGCACGAUUGGAUCAGAUACGGGUCAUAGAUAGAAGACAGGAGGUCCCGCAUGAAGGACCCAUGUGUGAUUUGUUAUGGUCAGACCCAGACGGUAGGCUCUUCGCUCUAUCUUUCGUAAUACGCUCAUCAAAAGAUGUGAACGGCUGGGGAAUGUCUCCUAGAGGAGCCGGCUUUCUAUUUGGUGCCAACGUGGUAGAGCAUUUCAACCAUCAUAAUGACAUUGAACUCAUAGCACGGGCACAUCAGUUGGUAAUGGAGGGGUACAAGUUGAUGUUUGAUCAAAAGAUUGUGACAGUGUGGAGCGCGCCCAAUUACUGCUACAGAUGUGGGAACGUAGCCAGUAUACUGGAGCUGGAUGAGAAUCUGAAGCAGGAGUAUAAGGUCUUCGAGAGCGCACCUCAAGACGCGAGAUCAAUACCACAAAAACGACCAUUGAUGCACGAAUAUUUCCUUUGA